AUGUCAUUUGAAGCGUUGGCGUCCGAGUACGACAAAAUGGUGGACCAGUACUGCGCUCCCCGACCGGACCUUGUCUCAUUCCUUAAAGGAGGCCGCGAGUUCAACGGUGGUUUUCUGAUCUUUCGAGAUUCUCUUCUGUCGGGACGCUUCGACGGCGAGCAGUCCGACGAAUGGGACCCGGACGAAAACAAACUCGCACAGGUGCUCAACACAGUUGACAUUGGCGGCCUCGUGUCCCAAUCCUUGUUCGCACAGGGAGCCAGAGCAGUACUUUCCGCAGCCACUACCUCGACUCAAUCGUGGUCUGCCCUCACUCACAGUGCAAAAAUAUGGGAUGUCUUCGCCGGGGCAUUCUCUACAGACGGGCCUGCCAGUGUCUUCAUUGCCACGACGCCAGAAUACACCAUUGGCGAGUUCCGUGACCUUGUGACACGCGAUCCCUACGGUCUAAGCACGAAUGAGUCCCUUGCGGGUUGGUUCGAGAAGGCAAUGACGGCGGAAAAGCACAUAUAUCUUUCUAUCCAGUCCCUACACACCCUCCUGCUUAAGAAGCCGAACCAUAUCCCGCGGCUUGGACGUUUCUCACAGGACAUUGUGGAAUACACCCUGCUCUUGAAGGACGUUAAGAGCCUUCAUUUGUCCAACCAGUUCACGUCGGCUCCUCAACUGCAAUUGUUCAGGCCCUCGGCAAGCUUCGCCAUCCUGGAGCGCUGCAAUACGUUGAAAGUCUUGCACUUCCACAAGGUUCCAUUUCUGGACCGCCGCCUGCUGGCCAUUAUUCUCAGAGCUUGCCCGAAGGUCGAAAUGCUCGGUGUAUACGAAUGCCCUCUGGUCCACUUUGGCGAUAUUAUCUGUCUCCUCGAUCUGAUUCAUGAAAUCAACCUGGACAGGCGUGCCGACGGCCAGCCCACCAUCACGGCGCUGGACCUCUGCCCCGAGUUCCACGGAGGAAUGACCUCGAACAAUCCCCAUCGGGCAGAAGCAUAUGGACUCAGCUGGGCCCCUAUGUGCGUCGAGAUUGCUCAACGUGGCACCUUCUGCCUCGUUCUGAAGGCCUUCAUGAAGGCAAAGGCCAUGAAACUGGGCCUUCUCUUCUCCAAGGAGGGAGCACUGCUGAGCUUCCUGUUCAAAUUGCCGCAUCAGGAUCUUGCGAUGGCGACUUUUCUCGACGCCUGCCAUCGACUCGUGGACCAGCACAAACGCAAAUCCAAGGGUGAGAAUGCGCAGAUGCAGCUCCUUUACGACCUUCUGAAACCGGUUCGGGUUGGUCUGGAAAGGGUGCGAAACGACUGGUCCCGCUACUACAUUGAACGCAUGGGCAAGUCGUUUUGCUUCUGCUGUUCAUGUGGAUGCGAGAUGGUCCCAGAGUUCUUUACAAGCAUAACACGACAGAACCCGGCACACGCCCGCUCUUGCGCUGGAUGCCUCCUGCAAAUCAAGCUCGACAUGGAUCGUGGCCAGCUGCGCCCUGAGAAGAGAGGAAUUCUCGACAAUCUCUUCCCAGACUGGCAGAUGCGCACCUACAACAAAGAUGCGCCCUUCGCCGCGGCAUCGCGAAGCGUGAUCAAAUUGAAGACUACUGAGUCGUUUCGACGGCCGGACCAGAUCAACAGCCUCAUUCGAGACGGGAAACUACCAUUGGACUCGCUCCAGAACCUCCCAUCGCUGUCGGGUCUCCUUAACGGACCAGGGUCAAAGAAGCCAUGGCUUCUCGCCAGACACGAGGCGAAUGGACUUGACGUGUACUCUCGCGUCCUUUGGAGACUUCGAAAUGAAUGCGUUACAGUGAACGAAAAGGGCAAUCACUACCCGCGAUUCGACGAUCGACUGCCGGAUCAUGUCCAUGAAUGCCAACUCCCCAACCACGGCACCUCCUUCGCCCGGUGCCGGAGCCUGGCGGACAUCCAGCGAAUGCGCAACAAGGGCGAACGUGAAGACGGUAAGGCCAGCGGCUGGGCUUCUUACCCAGCGGCCGACGACACAGGCUUCUGGUGA